AUGGGUGUUUAAGGGCUGUGGACUUUGCUCUCUCCAGCAGGCAGAAAAUUAAAAGUAGAAGCUUUAGAAGGUCAGAGAUUAGCAAUAGAUGUUAGUAUUUGGGUUAUUAGAAUGCUUUACGGAUUUGCAAGUAGAAGAAUGAAUAGCGAGUUUAAAAAUAUUCAUUUAGUUGGAAUAUUUAAGCGUUUAUGCAGGCUUUUGAGUUUAGGAAUAAAACCUGUAUUUGUUUUUGAUGGAAAAGCUCCAGAGUUAAAAAGACAUACACUUUAUCUUCGUCAAUAACAAAGAGAGAAAAGAUAAGUAAACCUUAAAAAAUUGGCUGAAAAAUAUGUAAUCAAGUAAUUGGAGGGAAAGUUGAAAGCAGGAAAAAGUUUAGGUAAUUAAAAUGCAAGUUAAGCUAAAGAUUAAGAUGAUGAAGUUGAUUUCGAUGAUUUAGAUUCGUUAAAUAGUGAUGAAAUGAAUGAUUUUGAAAAAAAUUUAAAUGAAUUUUAAAUGUCUAUUGUUGAUGCAGAAUUUAAAUAAAUACUCAUUUAAAAAAAGAAGUAUCCUAAUCUUUUUGAUGGAAUUAUAUCUAAUGAGCAGGAAUUUUACAUUUAUGAUAUAGCAUCAAAAGUUGGUAUUGUUUAGUAGUUAAAUCAACGACUUUAGGAAAUUAGAAAUAGAGAUUUAUCUAAGAUAACUGACAUGGAAGAAUUUUCUAUACUCUAAUCAAAAAGUUAUGUUGAAUAUGUUACAAGUAAAAAAGAAGUUAGCUAAGUGCGUGAUGAAGGUCGCAAAAAUUUACUAAAUUAGCAGUAGAAUUUUAUGAUUAACGAAGCAGCUUCUACAAUGAAUGAAAAUCAAAAGAAAAGUUUUUUAAAUGAUCCUAAAAACAAAAUAAUUACUGGUUAGUCUAAAUCUGAACAUGAUAAAAUGUUCUUGUUUGUAUAAAAAGCUUUUGAUACAUAGGAAGGAGGAGAAUAAAAUUCCUCAGUAGCAGCAAAUAAAAUAGGUUUAAUUGCAAAACCAGCAAGAAAAACAAAAUUAGAAAGGAAACAAGAAAUACAGUCAAGACUCAACGACCUCUUAAAAGCAAGAGAGUCAAGUACUAUUUCUUGGCAAAGAUAAAUGAAGGAGCAGGAAUAAGAUGAUACUUAAGAGACCUCAGAAUAAUUAUAAAAUGUAUUAAGCAAAAUUGAAUUUUAAGAAGACGAUGAUAACUUUUUUAAUGAACAAAGUAUUAAUUUUGCAGACUUAUGUGCAAACUCAAAUAAAAAAUAAAAAUAAUCGAAAAAAAAUGAGGAUAGCUCAGAUUUGUCUUUUGGAGAUAGCUAAAGUUAAGUUAGUUAGGAAGAAAAUAAAGAAUAAGAACAUGAAGAAAAUUUUAAUAUAAAGUUAAGGAAUGCAAGUUUGAGUGAUGACAAUAUAGGUGAGCUUGAUUAAGCAAUGAUUUAAUCUUCUAGCUAAAUUUCAGUUAAUGAAGAGUAAUCAAUUAAUAUAUUGAAUGCAAUUGAGCUAUAAGAUAAAAAAGUUGAGGAAAGUUAAAGAAGCAGCCUAGCAGAUACUCAAAAAAGAAUAUCAGAAAUAGUAAAAAAUGACUAAAAGAGUGGUUUUGAAAUUUUGUAAUAAAAAACUUUGGAAUAAUCUCAGAGACUUGAAGCUAAAUAAAAGAAUUAAGAAUAACACCAGACAUAAGAAAAGCUGUAAGGAAAAGAAGAUAAUUUUUAAAGUUAAUCAGAAGUUAAAUAAUCACAUCUGCUAGAUAUGUAAAAUAGUAACAAAAAAGUGGAUAGUGCUAGAAAAGAUGAAACUAAUUCAUUAGAAUAAUUUAAAGUUAAUAAUUCAAACACAGAAGAAGAAAUAGAUCAAGUCAAAUUUAUGUUUGACAAUUAGUAAAAAAAGAGUAAUACGACAAUGGAUGAUGAACUCGAUAUAACCCAUGCCAAAAAAAAGAAAGAGAGAGAAGAUUUAGAAAAACUUAUAGAAAAACUAAGAAUGGAAGAAGCUAUGAAAUAAAUGAAUGAGCAAGAAAAGAAAAAAUUUAUUUAAAAGAAUCAAAGUAUAUUUUAAAAGACUGAAGAGGAAAAUUAAAGUAAUGACGAAGACGAAGAUGAUGAAGACCCUGAAGAAAUAAAAAAAUUGUUAGCUUAAGUUGAAAAAUGGGAAGAAGAGUAAAAUAAGCAUGUAGAUGAAGAAAUAGAUCUGACAGAUGAGUAGCUGGAAGAGGAGUAUUAAAGAUUUCUCAAUUUAGGUGAAUUAGAUUCAGAGACAAUACAAGAUAAAUUUUAGUAAGUCAGGUAACUGCUUCUACUAUUUGGAGUACCAUGGGUUGAGGCACCAUCUGAAGCAGAAGCUCAAUGUGCAUUUUUAGAGUAAAUUAAAUUAGUUGAUGGAAUUAUUACUGAUGAUAGUGAUGUCUUUCUCUUUGGAGGAAAAAAUAUUUAUAGAGGAUUAUUUGGUAAAGAGGCUGAUUAUGUAAGAUACAUAAAUGGUGAAAGUAUUGAAAAGGAGAUGGGAGUUAAUAGAGAUAAGCUAAUAUACAUGGCACUCUUUUUAGGUAGUGAUUAUACACUAGGUAUAAAAGGUGUUGGUAUAGUUAAUGCCAUGGAAAUUUGUACAGCUUUUGAAAAUAUUGAUGCACUAAAGAGAUUUAAAGUUUGGGCAAGUAAGGCAGACGUCUUAUUAGAAGAUCCUUCUAUUCACUACAAAAACAUAAGUUUGAAAGAAAAAAAUUAUAAAGAACUACAUAAAAACUACAAAAAACACUGGGAAAUACCAGAAGAAUUUCCUUCCUAAAAAGUUAUAAACGCCUAUUUAAAUCCAAAUGUUGACAAAUCUGAUGAGGCAUUCUAGUGGGGUAAACCUAGCUUAGGAUUAUUGAGAGCUUAUUGCUAAAAUAUAUUUGGGUGGAAUGAUGAAAUAACAAAUUACUCACUUAAACCCCUGGAGGAAUAUUUAAAUAGAAAGCCUGAUCCUCAAAAGAAAAUAACUGACUACUAUAAAUAAGCUUCUAAAUUUGCUAUUAUAAACAGUACAAGACUGAAAAAUGCAAUCAGAGACUUAAAAUAAAAUGAAACAGGAGAGCUAGAAAGCAGAUUGCAAAAUGAGAAGAGAGUUGAAAACAUUGUGGAAGGCAUAAAUAAUGUAUAUAAAAACAUUUAAGAUAAAAAGAGAAAAACUAUCAAAAAAGGAGCAAUUAAUAUAGAAAUUGAAGAAGAAGAUGAAGAAGAAAAUGACCAAUCUAAACCUUAAGACGAAAAUGAUGACCAUAUUGAUGAUGAACCUUUUGAUGGAGAUCUAAAUGGAUUUUAAUAUAAUAAAAAAAAUAAAAAAAAAAGAUUUUACAAAAAAAAUAUAUUUUGA